AUGUCCCAGCACUCAUCACCAGAGGCCGCCCCAUCACCAACUCCUGGCUCUCGUAGACGUGUUUCCCGGUAUUCGACACCGGAACGACAACAUUACGAUGAGCUGACUGCGGAAUCGCUGCGAGAAAGCUCCGAGGAGGCCUCCCGGCUUCGAAAGCAGUGCGAUGAGACACAAGCAGAACUUGACCGGUCCAAGAUCGCCUUGCACAAGCAGAUCAAGCCGCUGCAGGACAGCGUAUCCCAGCUUGAACACCGCUGCAAGGACCUCGAGGACGAGAAAGCUGGCUUGGAAGGACUGAUCCAGCGCAUGAAGGCCGCCCAGCAUAAGUCAGACCUGAAUGCGGAUGAGCAGACAAAGCAACUGAAGGAUUUUGAACAACGAGUCUCGGAUCUUCUAGAAGAACUGCAAGGCCAUCAGCAUAACGGAGAAGAACUGAGGAGAUUGAGGGAUGUAGAGGCCGAAUACAUGCAGGUCCUGGAAGAAGCAGCAAGGAAACGAGAGGACGUGAGAUCGGAGGGCUCCCAGGCACUGUACACCAUCUCUGGAAUCAACGAAUACUACCAUAAUGCUCGCCAUCAGAUCGACGAACACUAUCAGAGCGUGCGCCAGCAACUCCAUGAAGAUCUGAACCUACCAGGAGAAGAUCAGCUGCAGGAAAAUGCUGCAGAGCAAGCCGAAUUGAACGCUCAGGUGAAGCUCAAUGCAAGUUUGGCGAAGCGGAUCAGAGCCAACCAUGAUGAGUGGGAGAGAGAGCUGUCAAUUGAGCCUGAGCCUCGUUUGAGACAGGUGUCACUGCAUGAUGAGCUGGAAGCAAUGGGUGAUUUGGAAACGGAAGCGGAAGCACAGCCAGAAUCAGAAACCAAAUCGCCAGCAGAAUCAGAAACGCAAGCACCAGAAGAAGCCGAAGCAGCAGCACCAACCACGCCUCCGCCUCCAGAAGCCACCAAAAUGCCUGGAUCCUCGCCAACGUCGUCGACAAGCUCCGAUCGAUCAGCACGACGACGCGCUUUGCCAGCGCCAUUGCGGCUUCCGAAGCGCAAUUCUAGCACCAGAAGACCUCCGCCAGGCAAUUUGGCGCGUCCUGCCACCAUUUCGCGGGAACCCUCACCAGAUUCGCGGCCACUCACGCCAGGAAACCUCGUCGAGCCGCUUCGGCAGCAUGUGAAGCGGUUUGAGGCGAAUCCUCGCGCCCCCUUCCACAUAGCGCUGCAAUCAGCCACUAUUCGCGCGCCAGAGGCCUCCACAAUGCAUGAUGGGCAUGUGGUGAUGGAAGUCGAGGAGGAAGAAGUGGUGGCGGAAUCAGAGCAGGACUCGAAGCCAUUUUCGCCGCUUUCCGACUCCGACUUCAGCAGAUUUGGUUUCCCGCUUCCGCCAGAGCACAAUUUGCAGUUUUUUGGUGUUUCUUGGGAGGUUUCUGCGCCGAAAAGCGAACCGGAAGGCCUCCCGGAAGCGAAAUACGGCGAUCAUACCCUUCCUCUCCGCCUCCAAUGGUUCCUGGUCUUCUUCACGGCGAUUUUGUGCUUGUUGGUGCUGGCAGCCGCCUCAUACAUUGCGAUGAGUGCGUGGGAGGUUAGGCAGGCGUGGAUUGACGCGAAUAACAUGCGUUAUAGGCGGCAAUACGUGUGGGAAUGGAAUCAUUCGGUUUGGAGGGCGUCCUGGUGGGAUUGGCUGGUGUAUUGGAUGAUCAAGCAGCUUGGACUCUAUGAGACGGUGUAUAGACACCCGGUAUUGAACGCAUAG